GCCUGCUUAAUCAACUGCUUCUGUACACUUCGACAGCAAGAGUGAAGAUUCGCCUGGAGCGAGUACCGCCAAACGAUUGUUUCUAGCCAACUACCUUUCGGCAAGUAGAAACUCACUUGGAUCGAUUAUCACCGACGAAAUCCGAGGGACCUUCCUCACGAGAAAUAACUGAUAAAUUCCCUCGUACGCCAUUCCACUGAGACAAUGUGCACCGCAAAGCGCAAAGUCUGCGAGAAGUGCGACUGUGUGUGGAAUGAAGAAGAGAAACGGAAAAAGAAGCAAGAGCAGGAGAACAGGAAAAGAAGAAAGGAACUGAAGAUUGUAGAGGAGCUGAGGAGGAAGAAGGCUAAAGAACAGGCUAAAGAGCAACUUCAAGAGCAACGGGCCCAACUCGCAGAGCAGAAUUCACGACAUAUAGUACAGACGAAGCAGGCACAAGAUGCAAUGAAGAAUGAGGAGAAGAUACGGAAUCAGGAGAAGAUGCGAAAUCAAGAGUUUCAGGAGAGGAUGCGUGCUCAGCAAGAUGUUUAUGCAAAAACAGCUCAGAGAGAACAUGCAAAGCAACUAAAAAUAGAGGAGAAUGCUAGAAAAGCACAAGAGGAGGCUCGAAAAGAACAGGAGCGGAGCGCGAAAGCCCAACUCGCAGCGAAACAUUCACAACAAACAGUACUGGCUAUGCAAGCACAGGCGGAAAAGAAACGAAUACAAAAGCAACAGGAGCUCGAUGCCCAAAAAUCUCGGGAAGAAUACGAUAAGCAAGUAAAAGCUGAGAAGAAAAUUAGGGAUAAAGCGGAGGCAGAGAGGUGGGCAGAGGAGAGAAAGAUUCAAAAUGAACAGGCAAGGGUUCUAAGACAACAAGAGAAGGCUCGAAAGGAUAACGAGAAGGCUCAAAAACAGAGGGAGAAAGAACGAAGAGAACAGGAGAAGAGGGCGAAGGCCAAGCAGCCGGCGGCUCACAAGCCUACUCAAAGCACACAUAAGCGCAGUCCGUCAAAAUCACCCCCAAGUCAGGGAGCCGGAGGGAAGGGAAAGAAGAAGAGAGUUUGA